CUCGUCACGGGAGGGGCAGGUUAUAUCGGCUCCCACACAGUGCUUGAGCUUCUCAAUGUCGGUGUGGCUGCUGUUGUCAUCGACAACCUGUGCAACAGCCACGUGGAGUCUUUGUGUCGUGUACACUACAUUGCUCGAACUGAAGCUCGGCGUCUCGAUCAGGCACGCAUUGUGCCGCCAAUAUUCUUUCACCAAGUCGAUAUCAGAGACACGAAGGCUAUGAACCAAGUCUUUGACCCUCAAGUCAAAGAACCAUCCAACUGUGGCAAAAUUACAGCAGUCAUCCAUUUCGCUGCCCUUAAGGCUGUUGGGGAGUCUAUUACCAAGCCACUGGAGUACUACGAGAACAAUGUUGCUGCACUUGUGGUCUUGCUCAAGGCCAUGAAGCGUCAUGAUGUUGGCGUGCUGAUCUUCUCGUCGAGUGCAGUCGUCUACGGUGUUGGUCAUGAGGCGGGCAUCACAGAAGAUACUGUUCAGGUCGCUGGCAAGGGCUCAGGCGGCGGCCUGCUCACUAAUCCUUACGGACGUUCUAAGUGGAUGUCGGAAGAGAUCAUCAACGACUACUGCAUUGCAGACCCCAACUUCUACGCCAUUUCGUUACGCUACUUCAAUCCGACGGGCUCUCAUCCUAGCGGGUUGAUUGGUGAAGACCCCAAGGGGACGCCCAACAACAUUGUACCCGUGAUCCUGCAAGCGUAUCAGCGUCGUCGUAGCCGCGUCCACGUCUUCGGCUCCAACUACGACACUUCCGACGGCACAGGAGUGCGUGACUACAUCCAUGUCAACGACCUCGCCAUGGGUCAUCUUGCUGCAUUGCGUAAGGCUACGAAGCAGCCCGACUCCGGUCCUGAGGGUGAGGAAGUUGACGGGCAAGACCCAGCUUCCAACUACAACGUCUAUAAUCUGGGCACAGGUCGAGGGUACUCGGUGCUUGAAAUUAUUAAUGCUUUCAGUAACGCGGCCGGUGCAUCUAUUCCUUUCACCGUCGGCGAGGCACGUGCAGGUGAUCUUGGUACGGUGACAGCUUCGCCUGACAAAGCAGCUUCUGAUCUCGACUGGCGAGCUGAAUUCGACUUGCAGGACAUGUGUCGCGAUGUCUUUAAUUGGGCUGCUGCUAAUCCUACUGGAUACGAGACU